AUGGGAGGUGUUAGAGGCCUACUGACCCCAUCUGCUCCUUGUCUCCUCUUUGUCACCUCCUCCUCCUCAGUCUCCUCGUCCAGCAGCGGCUCUCUGUCCCCUCCGCCCUACGCGAUCAUCCUCAUCUCCUGCUCCUGCCUCGUCUCCUUCGUCCUGCUCCUGCUCACCUGCCUGUGCUGCAAGAGGGCCGGAGUGGGCUUCAAUGAGUUUGACAAUGCUGAGGGCGAGGAAUGUUCUGGAGCCUCUAGUCCUCUGCCUGAGGACAGUCUCUCCUCCUGCCCCUCGCUGCCUGAGGUCUACACCCUCCCCCUCAGGGACCGGACCAACUACUCGGCCCUACCCAAUGGCACGGACUCUAAAUCCCAAAGUGUCAGACGGCACGCGCUCAACUAUCUCCAAGAGAUUGGAAAUGGCUGGUUUGGAAAGGUGAUCCUGGCGGAGGUGCUGGGGGACUGUGGCUCCGCCCAGGCCGUGGUGAAGGAGCUGCGGGCCAGCGCCAGUCCGCUGGAGCAGAGGAAGUUCCUGGCCGAGUCAGAACCCUACAGAAGCCUUCAGCAUCCAAAUGUCCUGCAGUGUCUAGGGCAGUGUAGUGAGAUCGCCCCCUAUCUGCUGGUCAUGGAGUUCUGCCAACUGGGUGACCUGAAGAGGUAUCUGAGGGCUCAGAGGAAGUGUGAUGGCAUGACCCCUGACCUCUUGAGUCGUGACCUGCUGACCCUGCAGCGGAUGGCUUUUGAGAUCACCUCCGGCCUUCUCCAUCUGCACGAGAACAACUACAUCCACAGUGACAUGGCUCUAAGAAACUGCCUCCUCACAUCCGACCUCACCGUUAGAAUAGGAGAUUAUGGUCUGUCACACAACCACUACAAGGAGGACUACUACCUAACGCCAGAUAAGCUGUGGAUCCCUCUGCGCUGGAUUGCCCCUGAGCUGCUGGAGGAGUACAGAGGAAGUCUGAUUGUCACUGACCAGACAAAGACCAGCAAUGUCUGGUCUUUAGGUGUGGUGAUCUGGGAGUUGUUUGAGUUCGGCUCCCAGCCCCACAGGCACCUGAGCGAUGAGGAGGUUCUCACCUUCGUCAUCAGGGAGCGACAGAUCACACUGGCUCAGCCACGACUCAAACUCUCCCAUGCAGACUACUGGUAUGAGGUCAUGCAGUCUUGCUGGUUGCCAUCAUCUCAGCGUCCCUCGAUCGCCGAGAUCUUCCUCCUCCUGUCGUCUCUGCUGGCUGCAGAGCGCAGAGUGAGCCGCAGAAGCAUGGGUGAUGACGAGGAUGAGGAGGAAGAGUACGAGGAAGAGGAUGAGAGAGGCAGAAGAGGGGAGAGCGAAGAUUCGUUUGAGAGGCGGUGGGAUUCCCUCCGCCCACCAGCCUUCCAGACAGUGGCAGGGGAGAGACGGAGGGAGAGAGAGUACGAGAGGGAGUACGAGAGGGAGUACGAGAGGGACGAUAACGGCUACCGGGGCCAUAACGGCUCUUUCCCUCUGCUGGACGCGGUGGGAAACAGCAUCGCCCCCUCUUCUUCUGAGCUCGACGACAUCCUGACCGUGACGGAGACCAGCAAAGGGUUAAACUUUGAGUAUUUCUGGGAGAAAGCCCACGGAAGGAAAGGUUACAAACCACUCCCGCCACCUCAGCCAAUCCCAACUCCCAAUUCAACGCACAGGCAGUCCUUGGACACACCUACCGUUGUCCCGGUGAUCAGUGCUCGGAGCCCCUCCCUUGCUAGCGAGUACUACAUCAGGCUGGAGGAGCACACUCCCCAGGACAGGUCCCCCACUCUUAAAGGCAAAGCGCCGUCUCAAAGGUCGGAGUCGUCCUCCCCCGGGGACUUGGAGCUCGUGGAGCUUCGGAGCGGAAUGCUAGGGAAGGAAGAGAAAGGACAAGGUUCUGUCCAGACGGUACAAACCGUGAGGUCCAGCGAGAUCCAGGUGCUGGUCCCAAACACCGGCGUGGUGGAGUUCAGCAAGGAGAGCAGCAACAGAGUCACAGACUUCACCGUGCACCACCUGUUGGGUACCACCGACUAA